AUGCGGUUUACCGACCGAGCCACCCUCUUAGCCUCGGCCGUUAUAUCAAUAUCCUCCUUCUCCACAGCAUUCUACCUUCCCGGUGUCGCCCCAUCUUCCUACGACGAGGGCCAAAAUGUCCCGCUUUUCGUGAAUCAUCUCACUCCCAGUUUCUCGCGUGAUGAUCAACUCCACUCCGUCUUUGCCUAUGACUACUAUCACCCCCAUUUUCAGUUCUGCCAGCCGGAAGGUGGCCCGAAAGAUAUCCGGGAGUCGCUGGGGAGUAUCUUAUUCGGAGAUCGAAUCCAGACCUCUGCGUUAGAGCUUCAUAUGGCCCAAAACCAGUCAUGUAAGGCGAUUUGCAAAGAGGCAACCUUUGACGCUCGAAGCGCAAUCUUCACCAAUCGGCGGAUCUCGCAAGGGUAUAAUAUUAAUUGGCUGGUCGACGGGCUGCCUGCAGCGCAGUUGAAUCGGGAUUCGAACACUCAGACCGAAUUCUACAGCCCUGGAUUUGCGCUAGGGUAUUUGGAUGACGGUGGACGCGCCAUCUUGAACAACCACUUCGACAUUCUGAUUGACUAUCAUCGAGUGGGGCAUGGCGCCAAGGAGAAGCUUCGGGUGGUCGGGGUGCUUGUCCAGCCCGAAUCGCGAGCGGAUGCUCGCCUCCUGGAGGAUGGAACGACCGAGUGCGGCACUCGGGGCAAUGCUGUGUUACUGAACGAGGAGGGUAGCACGGCCGUCACUUGGACCUAUAGCGUCUACUGGCGAGAGUCCCCCACUGCUUGGGCAACUCGUUGGGACAAGUAUCUUCAUGUGUACGAUCCCAAGAUUCAUUGGUUCUCUCUUAUCAACUCUGCGGUCUUCGUGGUCUUCCUCGUGGGCAUGGUGAGCAUGAUUCUUGUGCGCGCUCUCAGGAAAGACAUUGCUCGGUACAACCGAUUGGAUACAUUUAACCUGGAAGAUUUGGAUGGCACAUCUGCUGCGGUUGAGGAUGGAAUUCAGGAGGACUCAGGCUGGAAGCUGGUUCACGGCGAUGUAUUCCGUUCCCCCAAGGCACCACUUUUGUUGAGUGUCCUUCUCGGUAACGGUGCUCAGCUCUUCAUGAUGACCGGUGUGACAGUGGUGUUUGCACUUCUCGGCUUCCUUCCCCCGCUAACCGCGGCUUCUUGGCCACUGCGAUUCUCCUUAAUCUCCGCCCUGUUCGGUGCGGUUGGAGGAUAUGUUUCGGCCCGCGUUUACAAGAGCUUUGGCGGCGAAGCGUGGAGGCGCAACAUCGUGAUGACUCCGUUGUUGAUUCCCGGCGUCAUUUUCGCCACUUUCUUCCUGCUGAACCUAUUUGUAUGGGCCAAAGGUUCCAGCGGUGCUGUUCCAUUCGGUACUAUGCUGGCCCUUGUUCUCAUCUGGUUCGUCAUCAGCGUGCCUUUGAGUGUGGCGGGAAGCUGGUUUGGCUUCAGGCAACCGGCUAUUGAGGGUCCUACCAAAACUAACCAGAUCCCCCGUCAAGUGCCCCCCAUGACAGGCAGCCUCCGCACCAUCCCCUCCAUCUUGUUGACCGGCAUCUUGCCUUUCGGUGCUAUCUUUGUUGAACUGUACUUCAUCAUGACCUCACUUUGGACCAGCAAGAUCUACUACAUGUUCGGGUUCCUAUUUCUGUGCUACGGCCUGAUGAUCAUUACGUCGGCAGCGACCACCGUCCUGCUGGUCUACUUCCUCCUUUGCGCCGAGAACUACCGGUGGCACUGGCGAGCAUUUGCAGGUGCUGGUAUGACAGGCGGGUAUGUCUUCGUGAAUGCGCUGAUCUUCUGGGCCACGAGAGUGAGCUUCGGUGGAUUGACCGGUGCUGUGCUUUACGUGGGAUACUCCGCCCUAAUCGGCUUCAUCGUGUUCAUCCUGACUGGCUCUAUUGGCUUCUUUGCCAGCUGGGCAUUCGUUCAGCGUAUCUACGGAUCUAUCAAGGUGGAUUGA